AUGGACAGCUUGUUUUAUGGUCUUACCAGACAAGAAUUUUGCAGUUUGGUUUAUCAAUACGCAGAAGCCAAUAAAAUUCCUCAUCCAUUUAAGAACAACAUCGCUGGCGAUGACUGGUACAAAUCUUUUCGAAAAAGACAUCCUGACCUCUGCUUAAGACAACCCGAACCAACAUCAGUAGCUCGCGCCCGAGGAUUUAACAGACCACAAGUUGAGAGAUUUUUCGAUCUUCUAGAAGACCAGAUUGACAAAAACCAAGUGGAUGUUACGAGGAUUUAUAAUGUCGACGAGACGGGCAUCCAAACUACCAGCAAUAAACCUCCAAAAGUUCUAACAAAAACAGGGCAAAAAAAAAGGCAAGUUGGAGUCAUCUCGAGUGUUGAACGAGGUAAAUUAACAACCGUCGUAUGUUGCUGCAAUGCAGCGGGCUCCUUUAUACCUCCGUUUAUGAUUUUUGGACGUAAGCGUAUGAAUUUCCGACUGUUGGAUGGAUCACCGCCAGGCACUGUAGCCACAUGCACCGACAACGGAUGGAUUUCUGGCCCAACAUUUCUAGAGUGGCUGCGGCAUUUUGUUGCAGUGACACGACCGACAAAAGAAAAAAAAGUUAUUCUGGUCAUGGACAAUCAUGUGUCCCAUAAAUAUUUGCCGGUCCUAGAAUAUGCCAGUGAAAAUAACGUGAUAUUCAUUUCAUUGGCUCCUCAUACCACUCACCGGACUCAACCACUAGAUAGAUGUAUCUACGGACCAUUGAAAACCUAUUUCGAGCAGGCAGUUUCUGUUUUCCAGCGUGGCCAUGUUGGGCGCAUAAUCUCGCAAUUUGACGUAGCAAAGUUAUUUGGGGAAGCAUAUUUGAAAGCAGCUAGCCCUCAAAAUGCUGUAAGAGGCUUUGAGUCGACCGGCAUAUGGCCAACAAAUCGGCAUAUAUUCAGUGAUGCUGACUACUUACCAUCAGCAAUGACAGAUAGACCGCUAAAAUCAAACUCACCAAUUAUACCUACACUUGCUACCUACGAAGAUAUUCCAGAUUCCUCUACUAACCCAUUGACACACACAACAGUGGCUCAACUAAACGACGUCAUUGCCUCUGCCAGGGUCGCUGAAGCUGCUAAUAUACACGAAGAAUCGGAAUGCGAUUUACCUAUAGAAUAUACAGACUUUUUAGAACAGUUGGGUUAUGAAUCGUUGCAGAUCCCUUCUCAUCACACCCCUCCACCGACUCCACGUCUUUCUGUAGAUUCUGAUAGAACAGUUUCGCCUUCGAUUAUCGAUCAAAUUAUUUUAAAUAGCGAGAGAUCACUAGUUGAAAAUGUUAUAAACAGUGAGACCGUUGCAACAGUUGAACCUAAUCAAGUUAAUAUCACGACAUUAACCCCACUUGAUAUUCGUCCUGUACCUAAACAAGCUGAAACAACUAAAACAGCCCGUAAACGAAAAAUUCAAAAGGCGGAAAUAUUGACUAGUACUCCCAUAAAGAUGCAGCAAAGAGAGAUAGAGUGCAAAAAACAGAAAGCCAUAAAGAAAAAAGCAGCAAAUGUUACUGUAACCAAGAAAAAAGUAGCCAGCAAAGGAGCAACUGCACCAAGUUCUGGUAAAGUUAAGAAAGUUUCAAACCGUAAUAAGAAAUUAAAUGGAAAUAAAUCUGCUGAUGACGUUAUAUGCGUUUUUUGUCACGGACGGUACACAGAGCCUCCAAACGAAGACUGGAUAAAAUGCGACGACUGCCAGUGUUGGGUGCAUGAGUCAUGCACAGAUUAUAUUGGUGUUGGAGCUUAUUUCUGUGAUUUGUGCCAUUAA